UAGUCAUAAAAAAUACGAAUUAAAGAGAAAAUAAUAGAGAAUUGAAUGUUUAUCAAAUUAGUGUUAAUUAAGUAAUUAAGACUAAUUUGAUUAGAACUGAUUACUCACUUAAAAGUAUAUUAAUUUUUAAUUUUAAGUUCUUAAUAUUGAGUUUACAAAUGGGAAUCGAUUAUAGCAUUAUAAUGGUAUAGUUAUGUGUAGCGGAGUGAAUGGUAAACCUGCCUGCGGUAACGGUAUACGUACAAGAUAAAAAUGCACGUCAGUUAGCCCAUCAUGAUGAAUACACCUGAAAUUCAGCACGAUGGUUUCCAGAGAGGACCACGUGGAGGUCGACCUAAAAGGGUAUGCUAGCAAUGGGACUGGUAAUCCGCAUCUCUUCCCCCCUUGAAUACAACAUUUAUUCAUGUUUUUUUUUAACAACAGAAUGGCAAAUAAGCUUACGGCCCACCUGAUGGAAAGUGGUAUACUGUAUCGCCCAUGAUACCUCCCAUGCAUUGUCAUUCCUGAGGACUCAGGUGUUAUUCCUCUGUACCCAGUAAAUUCACGCCAUAUCCCACCCUUCAAAUCGAAACACAGCCAUACACAACAGCUUCACGGUUGAAACACGAAUGGGACAGAGGUACCCGAGCAAUCGACAUUUGUACAAAGUCUUCCUCUGGUCAUAUCUAGAAUGUCGUUCAACUAUCAUCAUCAGUGAGGUGAAUACUCGACUUUUUAGCCAGUAUAACGAUAGUAGGCUAGAAUAUUCUUUUUAUAGGCAAAUACCCGUUCAGUACAGCAUCAGGCAACUCAAGUGGCAGCCUGAAUAUGUUCUUUUAUUGCACUAGCACAGGGCGUUAUAACAUUUUUUGGAUAUAAUAAACUCACAAGUUGCUUAUGUUAAAUGAAACAAGCUCUCUGGAUAUAGUACUUGGUCUAAGAUACAUGCGAAUACGUUUACUUUUAUCGACACCACAGUUUACUCUUUGCGAGAGCAAAAGUCAAUGAGGUAUGAUCAAGAUACGAUAUUUUUUUAUACUUUUGGCGUGUGAAUAUUAUUAACUUGGUUUUCACCUUCUCGACUUCUCACUUGUGUGGCUUUAAUAUAUACCCCGUCCUGUAACCCACAGGAAAAAAGGCACAUAAUGUCCCUUGUUGAUAGUUUUUUAUGUCCUUUUUCUACCUCGCUCUCUAUUUCGUUGGGUAUGAGAAUUUGUGAAUGGUUGUGUGUUCGGUGUAUGUCGGGUGUUGGAUGACUCUGGUGUGUUUGUUGAAUGUUUUUCAAAUCAUUGAUUGCACGAAUAUGGGUACAUAUAUUAGAUGAAAAUAUGUUUCACAAGUCCAUGUGUUUUUUUAAUGGAUAAUAAUGGAAUGGUAACCCCACCCGCGCUAUCGGUAUACACCGGCGGGGCGCCAGUGAAGGAUGAUAGGUGAGGAUGAAGUAGGUCAGUUAGCCCAUCGUGACGAAUUCAAUGAGAAUCAUUCACGAUGUUUUCCAGGGGGAACCACGUGCAGGACGACCUAAUAAGGCAUGUUGUUAGCAAUGGAGCUGUCAAACUCCAUUGCUAACAAUCCCCUUUCCCCCCUAUAAGUCCAUGUUGCUUGAAUGUUGUGUUACGAGUAGUUGUCUUUGUUGGGUGGUUGAUGGUUGCAGCGCGUCUUGAUGAUAUUGUGUAUUUUAUUUGAAGAUUGGCCAAGACGUUGAAAAACAGUAAUCUAACUUUUAUAAAAAUUUUAUAAAGAAUCAGAUGAAUAUUUUUCAUAAUUUCUUAUAGUUUCAAAUUUGGGGCAUCCACUUGGAAAAUUGACAGAGAGAGACAGGAAACUUCAUCCUGUACUUGCUGUAAUAUUAUAGAUGAGUGUAAUUAUAAAACGGUCGUAAACAUUUUAUCGGGUGUUUUACUGCUGUGGCCGUUCGGUCGAACGUCACUUCAUGCAGGCACCCAAUUAGGACGCGGACGGUCACUAUCGUAACACAUGUAUUUACAUUUAAUGGACCCAUCGGCUUAGCGACUGAUCAAAUGGGGCAUUAAGGCUAUGAUUGAUUUGCACCUGAACGACGAUUCUAUAUAACAAUUAAUUUGAGUAGAAAAAAAGAAAGUUUUUAUAAAUACACUACUCAAAAUGUUGGCCGCACUCACGUUGUUCCUAUCAAUUAAUUUCAUAUAUAGUCAUCAAAUUUAUCAAAUAAGCCAAGAAAAAGAAGAUAUAUUAGACUGUGUCAGCGACAUAACAAGAAAGUAUUUCUCAAAGGGAGACGAGAUUACAUACUUCGAUGUCAAUUCUGACGAUGAUACGGUAUUUCAGGCGAUCAACAAUAUUAUACACGCGUCGUUUAUUUCACGGACACUUACAAAAAGGCUAAAAACAAUACCCAACGAAGGCUACAUCAUUUUCGCAGGACACGCUCAAGAGCUUGUUAACAAAUUUGUAUACUUUACACGUGAACCGCAGUGGAAUCCUUACGCCAGAUUUCUAAUUAUAAUUAAGUCACUCGACGCAGAGCUCGAAGAUAUAUUCAAUGUAUUUCUGAAGUUUCACGUUAUUAACGUCGUAGUUAUAAACGGGACGAGUGAUUGCGACCUGUACACGUAUAAUCCAUUUGAAGAUUACGGCUGUGGGAAGCGUUUCACUAAAAUUAUCCACUACGGAAAGUGCAGGAAGCCCGCAGUCGACGAUAUAUUUCCAAACAAAUUGAUCACCGGCUUCCGGAACUGUACGAUCAUUAUUUCUGCACCGCAUUGGCCACCAUACAGUAUCGAUCCAAGCAGAAAUGUUACACCAUCGACAGGAAUAGAACAGUACAUGUUUCAAAUCAUCAGCGAAUUAGAACAUUUCGAUGUAGAAUACAUUUAUAGCGACGACGCAGAAAACUUUACGACUGUAAAUGAAGACAUGUCUGCCGUCGGCCCGCUGGCUCUGUUGCAAUAUAACAAAGCUGAUGUCAUAUUAGGUGGAAUGAUACUUAUAAAGUCCAGAGCUGAUGCAUUCGACUACAUCUGGGCACAUCUCGCAUAUAUUGAUGAUCUCAGGUUCAUGGUAAAGAGUGCCACUGAUGUAGCCAUUUGGAAGAAUGUGUAUUUGGAAUUCCAGCCAACAGUGUGGAUGCUGCUGACGUUGACUUUUGUAGUCUAUUCCAUUAUAUUUUUUGUAUUAUUUUCGGUGAAAGAUAAGAAUUCCAUAAUGUUAAAGAUGUGGGACAGUUUCUUUCAACACGGACACGAAGUUCGCGGCAGGUUUCCUAUAAAAUGUUUCUUCAUCGCGUGGAUUUGGUUCGCGUUUCUUAUCAACUCCUACUAUCAGUCCAGCCUGGUUAGUUUGAGCAAUCAUCCAGCGAAGGAUUACCAGAUUUCCAAUGAGGAUGAAUUACGUUAUUUCAAUAUGAAAGCUUGCAUCAGUCCAGCCAUAGAGACGUUUCAAUUGGCGGAAGGAAUGAAGCCUUACAUGAACAUGAUAGACGAGUGUGACAGUCUGAUGCAAAGCAUGAAGUCGGUCAGUCAGGAUGACGACAUAUUUACGAUAACUCUGAACAGCCUUUACUUAUACCAUAAGCACGAAUUUUAUAACCAAUGGGGGGCGUCAUCUGUUUACUGUUUUUCCAUUCCUCUAAGUAAAAUUAUAUACGGUAUUUACAUGUACAAAGGGUUUCCGAUACAUGAGCGGCUACACAGUGUCUCGUUGCGUUUGCGCGAAAAUGGAUUGUUGGACAAAAGUGUAUAUGAUAUUUACUACGAGCGGAUGAUAAAACAUCACUUUCACCAAAAGCCUUUACAGUUAUUCCUUUUAAUUCCGUGGUAUUUAUACAUAUUUGGAAUGUGCUUGUCUGUAGCUGUAUUUAUAUUAGAGUUUGUGGUUGUCAAAAAAUUUAUUAGGCACAGUUCGGAACGUUAGUCACAUUGCUUGUAAACGAGUAGCACCAGUAAUUAAUACACAAUCAGCGACGGCGUGCGGUUGGACGUAAUUAUGGCUAGUUGAUUUGUCAUACUCGUGAACGGCUAUUUAGAGGGACUAGUCUUGCUUAACUCUGUAAUUUCAUACAUCUAAAUUUGGAAGUAAAGUUUAAUAAUAAUAUUCUAUGGUAUGGUUAUUUUUUUAAAGAGUAAUAGUUUAUGUUUAUGCCUGUUCUUCCCAACUGAAAUUGUAUUCUAAAAUUAGGCGGUAGAUAAAAAAAUACUGCUUAUCUAUUGUAAGAGAAUAUAAAGUCCUAAUACUCGUAUAAAUAUAUAUUUUAAUUUGUAUUUAAAUGAUAUGAUUAAAGUGAGUUUAUUAUUUUAAGUGUCCUUAGGAAUUAAGGAAUUGUUCGGAUUGAUACCUGCUGCUGAUUUUCACCACCGUACAACCCGCCACAAUCUAAAGUUUCAUCCCAAUUAUCUGGACGAGUGGCGGUCUUCUA